AUGUCGGCCACCGGUCUCGCAGAGGCAGCUGGCAAAUCGUCGGGCCCAGUGUUUGGUAAAACUAUGAAGAAAAGAUGGGUCAGCUACAUCUGGGAUACAUUUGAUAAAUCUCCGGAAGAGCGCAGAUUGAUUUUCAAGUUGGACUCGGCGAUCUUGACUUUUGCAUCCUUGGGCUACUUUAUCAAAUAUCUUGACCAAACUAACAUCAAUAAUGCUUUCGUGUCGGGAAUGAAAGAGGAUUUGGGCCUCUACGGCAAUCAGCUCAACUACAUGCAGACGCGUUGGACUGUCGGCUACGUUAUUGGCGAGAUCCCUAGUCUCGCCGAGAGCACCUUUUACCCCGGCAUGCAGUACAUCAUCGGGUCCUGUUAUCGCAAAGACGAAUUAGCCAAACGAUCGUGUAUCUUUCACACAAGCAGCGGUAUUGCCAGCAUGUUUUCUGGAUAUCUCAUGAAUGCCGUUUAUCAUUUAGGCGGUCGAGGGGUGGCAAUGGUAAGGCAAAGACACUCAGUCCCGCAAAUAUUCUUACCUCAUUUCAAAAGGCUCUUUCUAGUUGAUGGAAUCAUGACGCUUCCGAUUGCGAUUAGUGGGUUCUUUCUGUUGCCAGAUGUGCCCGAAAUAUCCAGUCCGUGGUAUCUCAGCAAGGAGGAAGUCGCUCUGGCGCAGAGGCGGAUGAAAGAAGAAGGCAGAAACAACAGAGGGCCCUAUACCAAAGCGAAACUGAAGAAAAUCUUCUCCUCGUGGCACAUUUACCUUCUUACAUUACUCUACAUUCUCUUCAACAACGGUGCUACCGGAGCUCAGCCUGUUUUCCAGCAGUUUUUGAAGGCAUCAAAAGAGCCCAAAUACUCAGUCAGCCAAAUCAACGCAUACCCUACAACAACCUAUGCUGUCCAAGUUGUCACCACACUCGCUUAUGCCUGGUCGUCGGACUCCUUUCUCAAUGGAAAGCGCUGGCCGCCAAUUAUCUUCGGUGCUAUGAUGAACAUCAUCAGUUAUGUCUCGUUGGCUGCCUGGGACAUCCCGAUUGGCUGGAAGUGGACUUGCUACAUUAUCUGUGGUUCUGGAUUUGGAUUAAGCGGUCUCUUGAUGGCCGGGGCCCAUGAAAUAUGCUCCGAGGACAACGAAGAGCGAUCUCUUGUCAUUGGCAGCAUGAAUGAAAUGGCAUAUGUGCUCCAGGCAUGGCUUCCUUUGAUUGUGUGGCAGCAAGUGGACGCGCCGGAGUAUCGCAAAGGUUUCAUCACGGUCUCCUGCCUAUCGGUUUCUUUGAUCCUUGGCACUCUGGUUGUCCGAAGACUGCAUCUGAAAGAGAAGCGAGAGAAGCGUAAUGGGGCCAUUCACAUAGAUGGGGCCGAGGACGAUUUGUCGGACUCACCCGCAGCGACCCCGGAAGCAAAGAUAUCCAAGCUCUAG